AUGCAAAAGCGAUCUAGAAGUGCCAAGAAGCAUGUUCCUAUAUCCAGUACAAAUGCAUUGAGCCCAAUAUCUUCUUGCCAAAGCUCAUCAACAGGUGAGAGGAAAUUUAUUACUCCUAAUAAUAACGGUUAUUCGUGUAGAAUGCAAAAAGAAACUGUAUCUGAUAUCACUGUCCUCUCACGCAGAAAUUGGACCAAUUUGUGUGGCCCAAGCUUGCAGCACACAACACAGAAUCCUCGUACAACAUGUGGUAAUUGUCUUCGUCUGUUAGGACAAUUGAAAUGUAAAGUUGCUUUCCGAGAUUCAUCGUUUGCUGGGGUAUGCUAUAUAACGCCAGCUGAUCUAAAUUUACUUGUUUUAGAUUUGUUCGAUCAGCCUAAAUUGGCUGAUGUCCAGUUAAAUAAAAUAUGCCACUUGGUAUCACAACCCCAUGACCCCCAAGCAUAUACGAACAAGCUGAUGAUAGAGUUUUUAAUCAUUGUCGAACCUCGAUUAGAUCGGCGCACUGCUAUGAAAGCAACACUUCGUUUGAAACACGGGGCAAAGCCUGCUUUUCGUUGA